UUCCCGCUUUGCACUCCACCCCGGUAGCAGCUUCGCGGCGGGGGACAGCUUCCUCCGGACGCUCGGCGGACUUCGGUGCCGCCGCACUUCGGUCCCACCGGAUCAUGGGGUUGCCCAAGGAGCCGGAGGGCCAGGGUCUCCCAGAGGUAGAAACACGAGAAGAUGAAGAACAAAAUGUCAAGUUGACUGAAAUUCUGGAGCUCUUGGUUGCAGCUGGGUAUUUCAGGGCAAGAAUUAAAGGCUUGUCACCUUUUGAUAAGGUGGUAGGAGGAAUGACUUGGUGCAUUGCCACUUGCAACUUUGAUGUAGAUGUUGAUUUGCUCUUUCAAGAAAAUUCUACAAUAGGUCAAAAAAUAGCUCUAUCAGAAAAAAUUGUCUCAGUUCUGCCAAGAAUGAAGUGUCCACACCAGCUGGAGCCUCACCAGAUUCAGGGGAUGGAUUUUAUUCACAUAUUUCCUGUUGUUCAGUGGCUGGUGAAGCGAGCUAUAGAAACAAAAGAAGAGAUGGGUGACUACAUCCGCUCCUACUCUAUAUCCCAGUUCCAGAAAACCUACAGUCUCCCUGAGGAUGAUGAUUUCAUUAAGAGAAAAGAAAAGGCCAUCAAGACAGUUGUUGACCUCUCGGAUGUUUACAAGCCUCGUCGAAAAUACAAACGCCAACAGGGAGCAGAGGAACUGCUGGAUGAAGAAUCUCGAAUCCAUUCCACACUUUUGGAAUACGGCAGGAGAUAUGGAUUUAGCCGCCAGAGCAAAACAGAGAAGGCUGAGGACAAGAAAAUGGCACUUCCCACAGGGCUCUCGGCUGCAGAAAAAGCUGAUGCUCAUGAGGAAGAUGAGCUUCAAGCUGCUGAAGAGCAGCGUAUUCAGUCAUUGAUGACCAAGAUGACUGCCAUGGCAAAUGAGGAGAGCCGUCUCACCGCAAGCUCCGUGGGCCAGAUCGUGGGACUCUGCUCCGCUGAGAUCAAGCAGAUUGUGUCUGAGUAUGCAGAGAAGCAGUCUGAGCUAUCAGCUGAAGAAAGUCCAGAAAAAUUAGGAACCUCCCAACUUCAUCAUCGAAAAGUCAUUUCCUUGAACAAGCAAAUUCUGCAGAAGACCAAACAUCUGGAAGAGCUGCAAGCAAAUCAUACCAACCUACAGUCCAGAUAUGAUGAAACAAAGAAGACACUAACAGAGUUGAAGAGUUAUAGUGAGAAACUGGACAAGGAACAGGCAGCCCUCGAGAAGAUAGAAUCCAAAGCUGAUCCAAGUAUCCUGCAGAACUUGAGAGCACUUGUAGCCAUGAAUGAAAACCUGAAAAGCCAGGAACAGGAGUUUAAAGCACAUUGUCGAGAGGAGAAGACACGACUACAGCAGGAAAUUGAAAACCUGAAAGCUGAGAGAACAGGUGGAGAAGAAAAGACCCUCUCCAGUGGAGAGCCAAAGGAUGCCCUCCCCGCUGUGAUGACUCAUAAUGAAGACCUAGACAGACGAUAUAAUAUGGAGAAAGAGAAACUUUAUAAGAUCCGUUUACUACAGGCUCGAAGAAAUCGAGAAAUAGCAAUUUUGCAUCGCAAGAUUGAUGAAGUACCCAGCCGAGCCGAGCUAAUACAAUAUCAGAAGAGAUUUAUUGAACUCUACCGUCAGAUUUCAGCAGUACAUAAAGAAACCAAGCAGUUUUUCACUUUAUAUAAUACCCUGGAUGAUAAAAAGGUUUAUUUGGAAAAAGAGAUUAGCCUGCUGAACUCAAUUCAUGAGAACUUCUCACAAGCCAUGGCUUCCCCUGCUGCCCGGGACCAGUUUUUACGCCAGAUGGAACAGAUCGUAGAAGGAAUUAAGCAAAGUAGAAUGAAGAUGGAAAAGAAGAAGCAAGAGAACAAAAUGAGAAGAGACCAGUUGAAUGACCAGUACUUGGAAUUGUUGGAAAAACAGAGGCUGUAUUUUAAGACUGUGAAGGAAUUCAAGGAGGAGGGCCGCAAGAACGAGGUGCUGCUGUCCAAGAUGAAAGCCAAGGCCUCCUGAAAGUUCCCAGCCAUCGUACGUCAUUGAUUUAUUUUAAAUGCCACAUACCAACUACAAGAUCGUGAAAUGGUUCUGAACACUACAGUAGAGAGAUGCAGGUGUAAUGAUUUCCACACCAUGGAUAUUUUCUCUCUCCUAUUGGAUUCCAUUCCAUCUCUGCAGUGGAUGUUGUUGAUGGAAUCGGGCAGUGUAAACAUUGUGGCUUAGGUAACACCCAUCAUCCUCUGCAGAAAUGUGAGCGGUAUUUGUUCUCUGUCGAUUCAACUUUUAUUUCUCCAAUAAUGUUGCACAUAUGAAGGUACCUGUAUUUGUAUGGACUCUGAAUAAAGAGAAAUUCAUUUGUUCAGCAAAUAUUAAUUAAACAACCAUUGACAAGUAAGCAGUGAGCGAGAUGGAAGUAUCAAACACAGUCCCUGCAGUUGGGCUUCCAGCAAGUGGGCCAGAGAGCAGAUAGAACUUAUGUGACACAGAGCUUGGCCACCUGGGAUUUUAUUUUAGUAAACAAAGGUUUUUACAGCUAAAUGACCAUCCCAUGUGAGUGUUGGUCACUUGGGCCCUGCACUUGCCUGUGGUGCCUUUUGUUCCUGGCUCCUCGAGGCUUCAUGGUGUAUUAACUAGAAAGAAAACCCAGUGUCUGCUGUUGGUUGAGUCCUUACACGCUACUCGAGUUCAUUUCACCAAACAUUGAAAACGGGCCGUAUAUUGAGGACUUAAAUAAGAAUGAUGCCUUAUCAUGCUCUAGUUCUCAUUUCAGUCAUAGCCAAAUGUGGAUGGUCCUGUGUAUCCCCUCCUUCCACAUGCCUUAUACUCUGGACAUGUAAUGGUCUGAGCACUGAGUGGAAAUACCAUUCACUGCAGUCCAGGGCAGUGUGUGAUAAAUCACAGAGUGACGGAUGAUGAGCAGGUGUCAGACGAGAAAACAGUGAGGUGUGUAGAGAUCCAGGAGGACUCAUGGAGGAGGCAGGCUUUGGGCUACAUGUGAAGGGAUCACAAUGUUUUAAUAGACACAGAUACAUGGGAAGGUCAUUUUGGAUAAAGAUAUGACUAUGACUGCAAAUCCAAGAGGAUGCAGAAGAGUACAAGGCAUGCUUGUUGGACGAGCAUUUGGCUGGGCUGGUCUCUGUGCAAGAGGCUUUAGAGACCAGUCCAGAAAGAUGGGCUGGGACCAGCCUUUGGAGGGCCUGAAGGGAAGGCUGAAGAGUUGACUUGAUCCUCUGGAAGUAAGCAGUCCAAACUAAGCACAGGGCUCCUCCUGCCUUGGCCACAGGGAUCUGGCAACUCAGUCAAGUUCAGGAAGCCCCUGUGUGAGGUUUGACUUCAUGCAGAUAAAGCUUGCACACAUACCUGUCAGAAGGUUUGGACCAUAAAGUAUAAAAACUUAAACAUGGUAGGCAGAUGAGUCACUCAGAGCUGUCACAGGAAGGUCACAUUCAUUUUUAGUUUCCUCAUGUAUGUGAUUAGGCAGGGCUGAUGUGUAUAGACUGAGAAAAAGAAAAUCUCAUGCUCGGUUAACAGCAGCCCUUGGUUUCUGUGCCAGGGCCAGUGAGGCCUGCAAGGCGGAGAUGGCUGCUCCUGGAGCUGGGGAGGCAGCGGCAUUCGAGGUGAUACUCCGUGCUGAGCCAUGGACAUCUCCAGUUAGGCUGGACCAUCGUCAUUUGUGCAUUUUGAAAGGGUUCAGUGAAGUUAAAGUAAGAAAUUGCCAAAGAGCGGUGGUACUUGGAGGGUAGAGGAAGGAAACAGCAGUUUCACUGUAAAUUAUUUCAGGUUCGGGGAAACAUCUCUGUUGAGAAGCUCAUAGACCUACUCCCUAAUUGACAGCUUUCUGAGGGUUAGGAGAUUAUUCGGAUAUUUGUUCAAAGGUGGUAGGGAAGAGUAGUGGGUGACACUCGGGGGUUAUUAUAAACCACCUCUCUGUGUUGUUGGGAAAGUGUGACAGGACUAAUCUAAAGCAACCUGUAAUUAUUUUUUUAAGUGGGAGCAUUUAUGUUGGGUUAUGUUUUGAGAGAGUUUUAUUUGGUGCAGGGAGGACUCGGUAUAUAUAGUCACUUUUUGUUAUCUACAAAGCCUAAUACAAAGAAAUUAGUUUCCAUUCUUUUUUUUUGGUACAUGCCCCUAGCGGGAACCGAACCCAGGACUCUCUGGUCCGCAGGCCGAUGCUCCAACCACUGAGCCAAACCAACCAGCCAGGGCCGUUUCCAUUCUUUGAACACAUUUUGAAUUAGCGAAAGCCAGUCUACAGAAGACGUGCUUGCUGCAGAUGACCUACAGAGCAGAUGGUGCCUUUGUGAGCAGCAGGACAGGAAGUGUGCUUUCCAGUCAGGCCUUACAGGCUGAGGAAAUGCCUGAGGCCCAGUCAUUUCUGAAGCCAGCAGGGAUUCCUCCCAGGACCACAUCCUGUGCCCGCACAGAGUGUGGCUGGGUAUUCUGCCAAGCCCACACACUUCCAACGGUUAAGAAAGAAGGGGGAACUUCCUUAACUGGCAUUUAUGAAAUGUGUGCAUCGGAGGAAUGAGGUUUCCCCAGCAAGCAUGCAGCUGUGCAGCAGUGAGUUUGCUAACAGGGCAGACUUCCCGUGGCCAGCCACCCGUGCCCUAGAGUUCUCGGCCAUCCUCUAGGUUGGGAGCUCCUGAGCUCCCCUGCUCCCACACUCCCACAUAUGUCUCAUGGAAUACAUGGAGCUGCUUUGAUUUAAACCAAAAUUGGAGCUGCUGUGAGCAGGACAAACUAGAAGAGACCUAUUGGGAAACACUUGGGACAUACUUCUUACAGUCCUUAGCCUGGAUUCAGUCUCUCGUGGAUCAGUGGGGUCAGCUAAUAGCGCUCGAGAAAGGUGUCAAAUGUUAAAGGACAGCUGCCACAGUUGCACAUGAGGGGUC